UGGUCCUUCUGCCAACAGGCGUCACUGUCUGACACAUGCUAUUGCGUUUCAUUUCUCACGCAUGCGCAAGUGAGGAGAAACAGUCAUGGCGGCGGCGGAGAAGCCCACGAAGGAAAAGCUUUUAUCCACUCUGGAUGAUAUUGAAGUUUUAUCCAGAGAGCUGAUAGAGAUGCUAGCACUGGCCAGGACACAGAAACUGCCCCAGCCUGGAGAGGACACACAGAUACUGGAGCUGUUAGUGCAGAGAGAUAAAGAGUUCCAGGAGCUCAUGCAGACGGCGAUGGAGCAGGGCAGAGUUCACCAGGAGAUGCAGAUGCUGGAGAAGGAAGUUGAGAAGAGAGACAGUGAUAUCCAGCAGCUCCAGAAACAACUCAAAGAGGCUGAGCAUAUACUGGCCACUGCUGUCUAUCAAGCCAAAGAGAAACUGAAGUCUAUUGAAAAGGCCAGAAAAGGGAGUAUCUCUUCAGAGGAGAUCAUCAAGUACGCUCACAGGAUCAGUGCCAGUAAUGCAGUGUGUGCUCCUCUGAACUGGCUUCCAGGUGACCCUCGCAGGCCGUAUCCUACUGAUCUGGAGAUGCGCAGUGGAAUGUUGGGAAAUAUGAGCAACAUGUCCACCAAUGGAGUGAACGGACACCUGCCUGGAGACGCAUUGGCUGCUGGGAGGUUACCAGAUGUACUAACCCCACAGUAUCCUUGGCAGUCCACUGAUGUUUCCAUGGGGAUUCUGCCUCCUCACCAUGGCAACGAUUUUGGCCUGGAGCCACCUGGUCAUAACAAAGAAAAUGAAGAUGAUGUUGAGGCCAUGUCAACAGAUUCCUCCAGCAGCAGCAGUGACUCAGACUGAGUGUGUGUGUGUGUGUGUGUGUGUGUGUGUGUGUGUGUGUGUGUGUGUGUGUGUGUGUGUGUGUGUGUGUGUGAGAGAUAUGUCCACAGUAACUUGAGUUUGUCCACCUGAACAGCCUGAAAGGAGAGUAUGUUGUCUGCAUCAGUUUAUCUUGUCUCUGUGAUUGUGGAGAUCCGGAUGGCAACAUAAAAUGCCUUGAAGGGGACCGAACCUACACAGGUCCUCUCUUCAGCAAAGCCUCAUACAGCUGGAUAUGUUUUACCAAUUUGCUUGUUUUUUCAUACUCCAGAUGCCUACAGUCAUCAUUUGUUUGCAUAAUUUCAUUCCACUGGCCUCAAAUGUCACCAGUGCGUUGUUUUCAUUGUGUUCAGCGUGACACUCAUUUUGCAAAUUUGUAAUCUAGUGAAGCGUUAAUUUUUGGUUUACAGUUGGAAUAUAAAUAGCAUUGUAAAUAUCUCUGAACUUUCAGACUCUGUAAAUAAAACUUUUUUUUUUUUAAAAGA